UUUUUUAUUUUUUUAGUGUGUUAGGUCAGGUUUUGGGGGAUUCAUCAGAGAUAUUAAUUUCCCUUACUUGUUUUGUUUUCUCUCAUUUUGGACAUUCAUCUCUCUUGCUGUCUGUUUGUUCUCUGUUUUAAGGUUGGUUGCUUUUUUUUUUUGGGUUUUUUUUUUUGUGGCAUUUUAUUUAUUCUUCCAGGUUAUAGAUCUGAUGGUUUUUUGUAUGCUAAUCUUGGUUUUGUUUUUCCUGGAAAUAUUUUUUUAUCUGAUUGUGGGCUCGUGGGUUUUAAUUUCUUUCAUUUGUUUCAGGUUGCAAAGCAGGAGGUUCUGACCUGAGGGUUCAAUUCAAGGUCUGAGGUGGUGUGGGAAGAGCUGCCAUUUGCGGUGGCUAAACUAUCUGAGGCCAGACAUCAAACAUGGAAGCUUCACUGAAGAGGAAGACAUCACUAUCUGCAGCCUCUACAACCAGAUGGGAAGCCGACAAUUUAAGUCUACUGAGUUAUGCGGAUUCACUCAAAUGCAAUCAUCUCUUCUGCAACAUUUGCACUGUGAAGUCGAUGAAAUCGGGUUCCUUUUGUCCAGUUUAUAAAAUUCCAUAUCGGCGCAGAGGCAAGCAAAAUGAUGUAAAUUGGCGAUUUACAGUGGCUUUGAAAGGGUGACUUGCUCUUAUAAAAGUCCUAGGACACAAACUGCUUUGGAGCUAGAAGCACUCAGGUAGCCAGAACAGCGGCCUUUCUUUCCCUUGUUGGAAAAUAGGUGCUUUCAAGGUGAGCCGCAAUACAAUAAUUUCAAGUAAUGGGUUUGUGUUACUGUGCAGAUCUGCCGAACUUCGCAUUUAGUUUCUUGGAAUUGUUAUUUUUUUUUUCAAUUAUAUAUUUUAGUGCUUUUAUGUUUGUCGUUCAGUGCUGGAAAAUUGGAAAGCUCUAGAAACAAUAUAGUUCUUGAGCUAAUGUGAAGAUUUUGGGUUGAAUACUUUGAUUCUGUUUUCCUAUUUGCACUUAGAAAAACAGAGGAUUGUGGUUAAUUAUUGUGUUGUGAAGCUUCUAUUUUUUCUUUUCUAUGAAUAUUAUUCAUGGUUUGAAAACCCGCAGCAAAGCGCAGGCAUU